AUGAAUCUCAGGGCGGUCGACCAAACCGAAAACCGACGUCGUAUGGAGAAGGGUGAGCUCUACUCCGCCUUCACGCCUGAGCUUAUAGCCGAUCGGAAACGGUGUAAAUCGGCUUGUGACCGGUUCAACGCCGCAGGAGACGUCUCCCGGAGAGAGUUGGUGGAGCUGUGGAAAGAUGUUGUCAACGAUGCUUCUCCAAUGCCACCUGAGGCGCCAAGUCUAGAAGCGGACGAAGACCUCUUUGACAAGCAUCCUUGGGUAGAUGCGCCAAUCGCAAAGAUCGACUAUGGAUAUAACAUCAAGCUAGGAGAGGGAGUCUAUGUCAACUCCAACAGCACCUGGAUAGACACAUGCACCAUUGAGAUUGGGGCGCGUACCCUCAUUGGGCCAGGCUGCUCUUUCUAUAGCGGAACACAUCCUUUGGAUCCCUUCCUCCGAAACGGAACCAGGGGACCGGAGGCUGGGAAGCCUAUCAGGAUCGGCCAAGAUUGCUGGUUUGGCGGAAACGUGAUUGUACUCCCUGGAGUCACGAUCGGAAGGGGCGUCACGGUCGGCGCGGGGAGUGUGGUGACAAAAAACGUUCCGGACUUCGUCGUCGUAGCGGGGAACCCCGCGAAGGUGUUGAAGAAGAUUGAGGUGUCCGAAGCCAAGGAUGGGGUUGAAGGGUGA